AUGACUUUUGCAACAAGUUCAUCUCGCUCAGCCUCAGCUCACAGCCGACGAACCACUUUUCCAACAUCCUCUGUACGACCUCGUCCCCCACACGUUCGGCCAAGCACCACAGCCGCUAUGGCAUCUCCAACCACUUCAGCAACUACUUCAUCAGAUGGGGAGCUACCUAUACCGACCUGGGUAUUAGGGCUUGGUGCCUUUGUAGGCUUUGUUGCUCUCCUUGAUAUCACCAUUUGUGUAUUUUCUUACUACCGCCAUCGAAAGGCCAAGGCUAAGGAGAAUAAGCUUCAACACCGUGGGAUUGAUCUGGAGAUGGGACCAGUGGGGACCGAGUAUGUUGGACAAUACCCGGGUGGGUUUUACCCACCAAACCACGGAGGACCAUAUAAUUCGUACCCACCCCCACCUCCUCCAUCAUCGCCCUCUGCGGCUCACAAUUUUGGAAUUCCAGUUGUAACUGAUCGCUAUGAAUAUCCGGACGCGGUUUAUACAAGUGGAGGGCGCGAUCAGUUCAAUCUCCACCAUAUCGACCCUCCUAGGGUUCCCGAUUCUCCUUUCGACGAUGACCAAUUCGUUAUUGGCUCCGAUGACGAGGAUGAGGAAUACGAACAACAGCAAGAACAGCUACCGAGAAGGAACAGCACUCCUGUAAGUCCUCGCACUGUUCCAGCUUCACGUCUUACGCCUUCUCGGAUUUCACCAUUCAGGGAGAUCCUCAAGAGUUAUGGACCAGUAACGCCUCGUUCAGCAUCGCCAAAGCCACCCAUCGUCAGAGCCCCCACUCCGUUCCACCAGACAACCGUCGAGAAAGCUAUGGGCUCAGAGGACGAGGAAGAACCAACAGCCUCGCACUCUGCCUUUCCACUAACUCUUGACCCAGCGUUUCCGAUUGCCUCGUCUGAGGAGUCGCUCCCUAUGGAUAACGAAUAUGUCAACAGCCCGGUAAGUCCAGUCUCUCCGACUUCAUCACACUUCCCCGAGCCUGAAACUUCGCAUUCGGUAUUCCCGUUGACUACCGACCCAGAGUUUGCAAUGGUCUCGUCUGAGGAGUCGCUCCCUCUAGGAAACGAAGAGUUCAACAGCCAGGUAAGUCCAGUCUCUCCGACUUCAUCACACUUCACCGAGCCUGAUGCCUCACACUCUGCGUUUCCAUUGAAUCUUGAGCCAGAAUUUGCCCCCGCUUCCUCUACAGAAUCUCUUUCAAUUCAUGGAGGGGAUCCCCACAAUGAGUCGAUCAGCUCACCCUCAAGCUUUGUCUCUUACUCUCAGGUCAACAGCCCUGUGAGCCCCGUCUCCCCCCUCUCAGCCGAGUUUGAGGGGAUGUCAGAGGGAUGUAGAAGGCAAAAUAAGGAAAUGGCGAGUCAAGAUCUUUACUGA